AUGGCUUCUAUAAAGGCGCCAUUUCGCGCUCUUUCUAGAGCUAGUCUGCUCUUGAACUCAAGACGGUCAUGGACCUGUUCGACUUGCAGGUAUGGAAGUCCUAAGGUUCUCCACCGUGGACUUGCGACACCAACAGCUCCGAGUCCGGGGAAAUUGGAGAAGCCAUACUAUGUGACUACUCCUAUUUUUUAUGUCAAUGCCGCACCCCAUGUAGGCCACCUCUACACCAUGGUCAUCGCCGAUAUCUUGAAACGAUGGCAAGUCCUGCUGGGAAACACCGAUGCUCAACUGUUGACCGGCACCGACGAACACGGCAUGAAGAUUCAACAAGCUGCCCUCGAGGCCGGGAUGGAUACACAGGCUUUCUGCGAUAUGAACUGCCGAACUUUUGAGGCCCUGUCGAAAGCUGCAAACCUCAAUAACGAUCACUUCAUCCGCACCACCGACCCAGAACACCGUGAUGCUGUACAAUACUUUUGGCAAAUGCUUAAGCAUCGAGGCUACAUUUACACAUCGAAGCACGAGGGAUGGUAUUCUGUUAGCGACGAGACUUUCUAUCCACAAACCCAGGUGCAGAAUUCCCUAGACCCAGCAACUGGUAGAAAGAGAAUGGUAUCAAUUGAAACAGGAAAAGAGGUUGAGUGGUCCUCAGAAACCAAUUAUCACUUCCGCCUUUCAGCAUUCCAAGACCGCCUGCUCGAACUUUACAAAAGACCGGAUUCUUUCAUCACACCAUCAAAGUAUGCCACUUCUGUAAUUCAGUCUGUCUCGGCUGGUCUUCAAGAUUUGUCAAUUUCCCGCCCAUCAGAACGAUUGACUUGGGGUAUUCCGGUUCCCGGCGAUAAUACGCAAACAAUAUACGUCUGGCUAGAUGCAUUGGUCAACUACCUGACUCGAGCAGGAUAUCCUUUCCCACCUGGGCAGGAAAACAACUCUAUGUGGCCUGCCAACGUCCACGUAGUGGGCAAGGAUAUUGUUCGGUUUCAUUGUGUUUACUGGCCUGCAUUUCUCAUGGCUCUAGAUCUUCCCCUGCCCCGGAACGUCCUCGUGCACGGACACUGGACAAUGAACCGCGAGAAAAUGUCGAAAUCUACCGGCAACGUAGUGAACCCAUUCUUUGCCAUUGACCGGUUUGGCGUGGACGGUAUGCGAUUCUUCCUGGCUUACCAGGGAGGUCUGGGUGAUGACUCUGAUUACGACAAUUCCUUCAUCGUUCGAGAUUAUAAGAAAUGGCUUCAAGGAGGCAUCGGCAAUCUGGCCUCGCGUACCAUUGGGUGUUCGAAAGGAAAAUUACGUUCGCAUAUCGAGGAUGCUAUGACUGAUAAGCUUCCGGCCCCAACCCCGGAGGAUGUGGGAAUUCAAGAGAUGCUAGCUUCAGCACCCCCGAGGGUUGCCGAGCAUAUGACCGGACUAAACCCGCGUGCCGCUCUGCAGGAAAUUAUGAGCAUAACCGAGAAGACCCAGAAGUACUUCCACGCGACUGAGCCGUGGAAAAAUCCCAAUCCUCAGCGGAUCCUGUUUAAUGUGGCGGAAUCACUUCGCAUAUCAGCCAUUCUACUCCAGCCGUUCAUGCCCGCCAAAUCCCAAGAGCUUUUGGAACUCCUCCGCAUAGAUACUUCCAAUCCGGCCAAGCGGACCUUUUCGGCCACAGGGUAUGGAUCGGAUCCAGAUUACGGUGAGGGCAUCAAGAUAGGUCAUCUUUUCCCUCCCUUACUCGCAGAGAAUUAA